AUGAACAUUGUCAAAGAAGUAAUUGUCUUUAUCUGCUUGAUAUUUGGUUCUCGAGGACAAUGGCUCGAUGAAAACUGUGGGUCCGGGGGAUCAACCAGUAGCCCCUGGCUAGCAACCAUAUACAUCUGGGAUCUUCAGAAAUGGAAUAAUUAUUUUCAUAGCAGUGGCACACUAAUAACUGAUCACUUCAUACUCACCCAUGCCAUACCUAACGCCAAACCAGGAUUUAUAACGGUUCGCUUGGGAGCAACCUACGAUAGUUCGCCUGCAUCGAGAUGGUACUAUAUAGAAUCCUUGAUUAUUCAUCCCAACUUCGAAAAUAAUGGAAAUCAAAUCAAGAAUGACAUAGCUCUAAUAAAGUUAACUCAGAAAGUUGAUUUCAAUGCCCACAUCAGGCCAAUCUGUAUGUUCUACAGCAGAAGCAAAAAGCAGGAGCUACUUCAGAGGCAGGUUGCGGACUCAAAUUUGGAGCUUACUUUCACGAGUUGGCAUGAAAGAUAUAUAUAUGCAAAACGACUCAAAUCUGUCCGAGUCUUCCGAUUGGAUCCGGAAUUCUGCUCAACCUUACUAAAAAUACCCCUGGAACAGAAUCAAAUUUGUGGUUAUACCGAGUUCAAUGAUCUUUGCUUCAGGAACAGCGGCGGCCCCUUAGAAAAGGUUAUAAACAAAUGGGGUAAAAAUGAAUCCAUAUUACUUGGAAUUCAGAGCUACGGAACCGGCUCAUGUGGCGACCCCGAGGUAUUUACAGACAUUGUGAGUCACUCAGAAUGGAUUUCAGGAAUCGUUAGAGCUCAUAAGUGUUUGCUGGGGCAUGGCAGUGUCAUAAAUAUUCUUUGCUGCUGCUUUAUAUUUUGUCCCGACAACGACAACGAUGACGACUACGAGAAAGCAGUUUAUCAAUAA